AUCGAGAAUGGUAAUUCUGAGCACGAAACAACAGGAAGAGGCGAAGCAGGGCCUCUGGCUUCCACAGCUCGAACGUGACGGAUGUGGAGUGGGCUUUGUCGUUUCCAUCAAAGGAAAUCGGACACAUAAAAUCCUCUGCGAAGCACGUACGAUGUUAGAACGAAUGGCCCAUCGUGGAGCAUGUGCUUGUGACAAUGAUUCCGGUGAUGGUGCAGGUGUCCUCACUGCCAUUCCUGAUCUGCUCUAUAGGAAGUCCGUUAAAAAACAAGAUGGAAUCGAUUUACCACCGCCUGGGCAAUAUGCAACUGGCAUUUUGUUCUUGAACGAAGAUUCUUAUAAACAAGCGAAAGAAGCGUUUGGAGAUUUGGCAAGAGCUUGCAAUGUGAGGGUGAUCAUCUGGCGAAAGUUGAACACCAAUCGAAAUGUUCUGGGCGUAGAGGCAAAGAAGACCGAGCCACUCAUCAGACAGGUGUUCGUCACUGCUGGUUACGUUGCUGAGGAUCCACAGCGUUUUGAGCGUAAUAUUUACUUACUACGUAAACAGGCUGUAAAUAACAUGGCAAAACAAAGUGUAGACUGUUAUAUAUGUUCACUGAGUACAACAACUAUAGUCUAUAAGGGGCAGUUUAAUACUCACCAGCUUUACAAAUACUACGAUGAUUUGCGAGAUCCCGACUUUAUCACUCACAUUGCUCUCGUUCACUCACGUUUCUCGACUAACACGUUCCCUAGCUGGAAUCGAGCUCAACCCAACAGAAUGGUUGCACAUAAUGGUGAAAUCAACACUCUACGGGGAAAUACUAAUUUAAUGCGAGCUCGUGAAGGUGUGAUGUCUAGCAAGCUGUACAAAGACGAUUUGAGCAAGCUUUAUCCAGUAGUAGAAGAGGGUCUCACUGACUCGGGAUGUUUUGAUAAUGUAUGCGAAUUCUUAGUGAAAGUAGGGCAACGGUCAUUGCCCGAAGCCGCCAUGACUAUGGUACCAGAGGCGUGGGAAAAGGAUGAGGAAAUGGACCAAGAGAAGAAAGCGUUCUAUCGUUGGGCAGCCAUGACCAUGGAACCAUGGGAUGGGCCUGCACUGCUUGCAUUCUGUGAUGGUCGUUAUGUUGGGGCUAUUCUGGAUCGUAACGGUCUCCGUCCAGCUCGUUAUUACUUAACCGCUGAUGAUCAUCUCUAUUUAUCCUCUGAAGUCGGUGUCAACGAUCAUGAUGAAGAGUCAGUUGUAAAGAAGAGGAGAAGAACUAAGUAG